GGGUGGGGGGGGGCUGGCGGCAGCCAUAACCCGGAUGGAUGGCAGUGGGAGUAGGGCCGGCAGCAGAGCAGUGGGAGCCAAAGCAGGGUUUGGAACUCACUGAGGAGCAAGGCCACAGGGGAUGAGACUUGGCAGGGCAGGAAGGUGUGCGGUACAGUGCAGAUGGUGGAGGCCUGUCCUGGGAGGGAGGGGACAGAGGAGAGUUGGCAAUUUCCAGAAGGUUCCAACGGGACAACCUGUCGUAUCUGGGGAGCCCCCAAGCAUUUCUCGGUACUCAGUGUCUGCGGAGGCCCCGAGGACAGGGAUGUGCUAGGCACGCGGGGUACCGGGGUGCUGCGUCCCCGUCUGCCCCGGACCUGCUCCAACACGUGUUGUCGCGCGCGCCCCUUGCAGCUCGCGCGCACCCUGGCCAUGCGCACGGGGAUGCGCGGCGGGGACGCGUACGGCAGAGCCCGGGAGGUGGCGGUGGCGGUGGCGGCGGCUGGUGGCGGCUGGUGGCUGCUCCGAGCGGCCCCCCGCGCCGUCCAAGGAGGAGCCGCCCAGCUGUCCUGGACUAUGCUGGCGAGGCCCUAGGCCCAGACCUUACACCAUGACCUGCUGGCUGCACAUGCUGGGCCUGCACUUGCUGCUGCUGCCCACAGCGCCCCUGGCCACAGGCUGCCCCGCACGCUGCGAGUGCUCCGCGUCCACUCGUACUGUGGCCUGCGGGCGCCGCCGGCUGACCGCCGUACCCGAAGGCAUCCCGGCAGAGACACGGAUGCUGGAGCUGAGCCGCAACCGCAUCCGCUGCCUGAACCCCGGGGACCUGGCCUCGCUGCCCACCCUGGAGGAGCUGGACCUCAACCAUAACGUGAUCGCCCACGUGGAACCUGGGGCCUUCGCCAACCUGCCCCGCCUGCGCGUCCUGCGUCUCCGUGGCAACCAGCUGAAGCUCAUCCCGCCAGGCGUGUUCACACAUCUGGACAGCCUCACGCUGCUGGACCUGAGCGAGAACAAACUGGUCAUCCUGCUGGAUUUCAGCUUCCAGGACCUGCGCAGCCUGCAGCGGCUGGAGGUGGGCGAUAACGACCUGGUGUUCAUCUCCCGCAGGGCCUUCGCGGGGCUGCUGGGGCUGGCUGAGCUCACGCUGGAGCGCUGCAAUCUCACGUCGCUGUCCCCGGAGUCGCUGGGUCACCUGCGGGGCUUGGGCGCUCUGCGCCUGCGCCACCUGGCCAUUGCCGCCCUGGAGGACCAGAAUUUCCAGAAGCUUCCGGGACUCUUACAUCUGGAGAUUGACAACUGGCCGCUGCUGGAGGAGGUAGCCCCGGGCAGCCUGCGUGGGCUGAACCUCACCUCGCUGUCCAUCACGCACACCAACAUCACGGCUGUGCCGGCCGCCGCGCUGCGACAGCAGGCCCACCUCACGUGCCUCAACCUGUCGCACAACCCCAUCAGCAUGGUGCCACGCGGCUCCUUCAGAGACCUGGUGCGCCUGCGCGAGCUUCACCUAGCAGGAGCCCUGCUGGCCGUCAUCGAGCCGCAGGCCUUCGUGGGGCUGCGACAGAUCCGCCUGCUCAACCUCUCAGACAACCUGCUGUCCACGCUGGAGGAGAACACGUUCCACUCCGUGAACACGCUCGAGACGCUGCGCGUGGACGGCAACCCUCUGGCCUGCGACUGUCGCCUGCUGUGGAUCGUGCAGAGGAGGAAGACCCUGAACUUUGACGGCAGGCUCCCCGCCUGCGCCACCCCCGCCGAGGUGCGCGGCGACGCCUUGCACAACCUCCCUGACUCCGUGCUCUUCGAGUACUUCGUGUGUCGCAAGCCCAAGAUCCGGGAGAGACGGCUGCAGCAUGUGACCGCCACCGAGGGUGACGACGUGCGCUUUCUGUGCCGCGCUGAGGGCGAGCCUGCGCCCACGGUGGCCUGGGUGACGCCCCAGCACCACUCCGUUACGGCUGCCAGCCGGGGCCGGGCACGAGUGCUGCCUGGGGGCACCCUGGCCAUCACAGACACGCGGCCUCAGGACAGUGGCACCUACACGUGUGUGGCCAGCAACGCCGGGGGUAACGACACUUAUUUCGCCACCUUGACCAUCCAUCCGGCUGCCAACCGGACCCAGAGCGAUGGGCACAACGAGACGCAGGUGGACGGUCCAGCGGCUGCGGCUGGCCAGGGUGGCGCACGCAAGUUCAACAUGAAGAUGAUCUGAGCCGGUCCCAUGGUGAGCUGUGAGAACGGGACCGCUUGAACCUCUGUCCAGUCCCAGAUAAUUUCCACCUAUGCAUAUUUUCCCAGGGGGUAGCCAUGGAGGCAGCUGCAAGUCAGCUCACAAGCAGAACUUCCUUAUUUUUGUAGACAUAUGUGGGAUUGUUUUUGAGCAAAUCACACCUUUUGCAGUUCCUGAAGUGUUUUCUAAGGUUUCAAUCCGUCUUUCCCACCCUCUGCUGUGGCUGCUGUGCUGGGACCCAAAGUGACUGGGGACACUCAGGGUCCAAGAUUUCUUAUGCAGGUGCAGGCUGUGGCCCUAAAGUCCUGCAUCCUCCCUCUGCCCCUACUCAGCAGUCACGUCCCCCACAUGCCUACAGUGAGAGCCCUGGGGACACAGGGCACACAGUGCUUGCAGUGGGUUUCUCCUCAGCUCAUUGUGACACAACCUGUGUCUCUCACAUACUUCUGAGUCACACAGGGCCCAAGACUGCAGUAGGGACCCUGGAAUGCACUGGUCCAGCUCCUGUCCACUGCUACUCGGGUACCCAGGGCUACCCCAGACCCUGCUGAGAAGCUCAGUCACCUCGGGAGCCCUCUCCCCACUUUCCAUCCCACCAGGAACUUCAGGCCCAGGGGGCCACCUGCCAGGAGAAGCCAUGUUCCCCAGAGGUCCCUCCACCCUGCUUGCCAUGCCGGACAUCUGCUUGCAGGAUUGCCAGCUGCCCUGGGUCCUAGGAGUGCCUCUCCGGCCAUCCACACCCACCUUGCUGCUCUGCAGAAGUCCCCUGCUGAGGGAGUGGGAGGGGGUGAGCAGCCAGGGGCAGUUCAUGGGGAAUGCUCAGAUGUUAGACAGGGCCAGGUCAUGACCCACUAGCCUAUCCCAACUAAGUUUCUCCCCAGUGUAACCUCUGCCUGGUUACAGGACGCUGUUGAAAGAGGGGACAGAGGGCACUUUGUGGGACUUGGUCAAAAACCAGGAAAGUACAGUUGCCCGUUGGACAUGUGGUAAGACAGACAGACACUCAUCCCACCUGCCCCACUUAAUGCCUGUGGUCCAUCAGGACCGUCUGUCUGUCUUUACAGAGCAGGUCUGAGCUUGUAGCCUUUGCCUGUAUACCUAGAGGCCCUCAUGACUGUGUCCAGACACAAAGGCAUAAUGCAAGACCAGAUCAAGCUCUGCAAGUCGGAACUGGGCUGGGAACUCGGGGACCCUUUGGUUCUGACCUCCCCAACCUCUCCAUCGCAUACAAACUGAUCAACAGGACACGUAAUGGAAUGGACUGGCAUUUCCAGACUCUUAUCCCUGAGCCUGACAAAAUUGACCUCUUUGGUCGUAGAGUGUCUAUCCUCUUAGCCCCCAUUGCCAUGGCAACCCCAGGGCCGUCAAAACAACCAACGAAAUCCAAGUGCCUUUAGAGUUAUUAAAAGACAGGAGGGGUGCACUCCCGGCAGGGUUAGAGUUCACAGUGUCAGUACAUUAUUACAUUGGAGUUCCCCAGUCCCAACAACCUCCAUCCUCACAUGCUGUGUUCGACUGAAAUCCAAUUAAACAAGUUGAUUUAAUACAAAA